UUCAAGAUGGCGGCGCCCUGUGGAGUGCAGCUACUCUAACAGAGGUGCCUGGAGACCGUGUCGGUGGGUGGCCCCCAGGAGUCCUCCAGGCAGGUUAGGGACGGACACCGCGAGAGAGACGCUGCCCCCACCCCCCUCCCCAGCACCGCCACCAUGGCCAGGGAGCAGCCCAACGUGGGGGACCUCCUGCCGCUCCUCGAGACCUCCGACCUCCAGCAGCUCGACGAGAUCCGAGGCCUCAUCAACGAGCAGCUCAGCUCUGAGCGAGGGUCCAUGCUGCUCAACGGGCUGGUGGACUACUUCUUGGACACAAACUCUGCCCAGGCCAUGCACAUCCUGUCCUCAGCCAGAGAGCCACACGAUAAGCACCUUCUGGACAAGAUGAACGACUGCAUGACCAGGCCGGCCUGCCGCCUGCCCACGCUCACCCUGCUCGGCCAUGUGAUCCGCAAGCAGCCGUCCUGGAUCCACAAGAUCGCUCGCUACCCUCUGCUGCUGUCGCUGCUCAAAUGCCUCAAGACGGAUACGGACGUGGUGGUGCUGAUCACCGGAGUGCUGGUGCUGAUCACUCUGCUGCCCAUGAUCCCUCAGGCCGGGAAGCAACACCUGUGGGAGUAUUUUGACAUCUUCGGCCGCCUGGCGUCUUGGAACCUGAAGAAUCCCGGGCACGUUUCAGAGGUUUACCUAAUCCACCUGCACGCCAGCGUCUACUCGCUCUUCCACCGUCUCUACGGCAUGUACCCUUGCAACUUUGUGUCCUACCUGCGCUCCCAUUACAGCAUGAAGGAGAACAUGGAAACCUUUGAGGAAGUAGUGAAGCCGAUGCUCGAACACGUUCGUAUCCACCCGGAGCUGGUGACGGGAACCAAGGACCACGAGCUUGACCCCGCCAGAUGGAAAAAGUACGAAAUCCACGAUAUCGUCAUCGAAUGUGCCAAAGUGUCUCUGGACCCCAAGGAGGCCUCCUGCGAGGAGGGCUACGCCAACAUGCCGGAGAACUUCUACCGCCAAGUCCACCAGCGGCCUCAAGACUGCACUUCCAGCCCCUACACGGACCCCCACAGCAGCUACGGAAGCUCUUCUUCGACCCCGUUCUCGACUCCGCGGCAGCCGCUCGCCCCGCCCCUCUCCUUGCCCCCCUUCUCGGGGACGCAGUCCUCCCCCCGCAGCCCACAGACCUCCAGGCGGCAGAACUCCACCGGUGAACUCAACUCUUCCUCCGGGGGGAAGGACCCUCUGUGGAGCCCCUCCUCGUUGUGUGGCAUGGCCACGCCCCCCAGAGGCAUGUCGCCCAGCCUGGAGCGCUCCCACAGUGCCUCGCACCUUCCCGGCCGCUUCCAAUGCACAUCAGGAGGAAAAGGAACGCCGGCCUCCAGCACUCCAGCCACCUCGUCCCCCCCGCCCACCCUACCGGACGACUUCCCCGUCGUCUCCUUUCCAGCCAACACAGUCCAGUCCAGUCCACCAAGAAAGGAUCGUCGAAGUGGAGAAAGUGUUAAGCCGGCGCUGGUGAGACAGGAACCGGUGAAGGACUCUGAGAAGAGUGCGGACGCAGCCACACUCAGAGAUGCGCUCGCCGCGGAGAGUGUCUCCAUAACUCUGACGGAGCUGUCUGUCUUCAUGAGGAAACAGGAGCUGGAGCUUCAUCUGAGGACGGAGAAGGAGCGGGACGAGGCCGCCAUCAGCGAGGAGCUGCUGGAGAUCGAGGAGACGCAGGAGCAGUCGGGCCCGAGGGGCGUCGACUCCACCUUCCAUCUCACCACGGAGACUCUGACCGGCUGCCAGGCGCAAGACCAGGCCUCCCCCGACGCCCCGCCCGGGGGCCACGUGGCAUCGACGCCGGAGAAAUCGGAGACCGCCGCGAGUACCGGCGACCGCGGAGGAGGCGGAGCGGCGGGGGACGGCCCCGAGCAGGCCUGGGCCUUCCAGUCGGGCUUCACCCCCAUCGAGCACCACCUGCACCGGAGCCCCUCGGCCGCGGCCGACGACGUCGUGGCCAAGUUCGGGAUGUUCUCCCCGGGCGCCAAGACGCCGCCCGGGGCGGCGCCGGUGCCCUACGAGGCGUUCUUCGACCUGGCGCUGCCCCGGGCGGCGUCACUCUUCGUGGGCCAGAAGACGGCGGCGGCGGCGCUGGAGAGGCUGCUGCAGCGGGAGGAGGGGCUGGAGGACGGCGAGGAGGAGGGGGUCGCCGCGGCGUCGCCGCUGGAGGUGCUGGACCGCCUCGUGCAGCAGGGCAGCGACACCCACGAUAAAGUUCUCAAGAGACUACCUUUGCCAAGUAAGUCCGCUGACUGGACGCACUUUGGAGGCUCGGCUCCGCUGGACGAGCUUCACACGCUGCGCAGCCAGCUGCUCCUGCUGCACAACCAGCUGCUGUACGAGCGCUACAAGAGGGAGCAGCACGCCGUCCGCAACCGGCGCCUCCUCCGACGCAUCAUCAACGCCACCGCGCUGGAGGAGCAGAACAACGCCAUGAAGGACCAGCUGAACCUGCAGAGUGUGGACAUCGAGUCUCUGAGGGAGAGUCUGCAGGUGGAGCAGCAGCGGUACAGGCAGCUGUGGGACGACCGUGAGACGGUGAUGACCAGGCUGCACACCCAGAUCCGACAGCUGCAGCAGGGGCGGGACGACUACUACACCAAGAACCAGGAGCUCCAGAGCAAGCUGCAGGAGUGUCAGAAGAGGAUAGAUGACCUGGAGGCGGAGCUUCAGAAAGCCAACAACAAAGCCUGCCACACGGGUCACCUCCUCAGCCAGAUGACCAUCAAGCUGAGCAACAGCGAGAGCACCCAGCAGCAGAUGAGCUUCCUGAACAAGCAGCUGCUGCUCCUCGGGGAGGCGCACAAGCUGUCCAUGCAGAAGUUGCCGCACGCAAGCGUCGACAAUACCAAGGAGACCCAGAUGCUGAAGGCGUCUUAUGGGAAGGAGGUGGAGAUGCUGAGGCAGAGCCUGCUGGUUCAGGGUCAGAAACUGGAGGUGGCGCAGCACAGAGUCGGCGAGCUGGAGACGCACCACUCCAAGAAGGAGCACCUCAUCACCGAGCAGAAGAAGUUCCUCGAGGACGUGAAGUGUCAAGCGAAGGCGGAGCUGCAGGCCUCAGACGGCAGGUAUCGGGCUCAGAGGAGAAUCACUCAGCUGCUGCAGACUGAACUCCUGCAGCUCUACAGCAGAGUGGAGACGGAGGCGCCGGCCGGCAGUUCCAGCAGUUCGCCAGCAGAGGGCAGCCCUGACCCACACGGCUCCGGUGUUGUGGUGCCAGGUGGACAACUUCCCACCAACGAAGAAGCGGUCAGCAGACCAGCGCACGGCUCUCCUCGGGGCGCCAGCAGCAGCAGCACUUUAUCGCCACGGCAACCAAAGGCGAACAACUCUCCCAAGACCACGGCCACCUCGGUCAACGGCAGCCAGGACCUGGCCCCGCCCCGGCCGGUGGAGCCCUGCCCGCCGUCCGGGCCCCUCUCCGAUGCGCCGCUCACCGUGGGCUCCUACCCCAGCGCCAAGAGCUUCCUGGGCAUGAGGGCCCGCGAGCUGUUCCGCAACAAAAGCGAGAGCCAGUGCGACGACGAGGAGCAGCCGCCGCCGUCGCUCCUCACCCACGGCCCGAAGACGGAGCCGGGUUACGUCGGCGCGCCACAUUCCCCAAUCCCGGCCCCCGCCACCCCUCUCACUGUGCCCGCCAAGGAGCCCCCCGCCGAGCCCAAGCAGCGGGCCUCCAGCCAGGAAAGCCCCCGCAGGAAGUCGGGGUCGGUCGGGGGGCGGAGCCAGGCGGGUUCGGGGCGCCCCCCCCGGCAGCAGCAGCUAAAGAUCAUGGACUACAACGAAACGCAUCACGAGCACAGUUAGGGGCGUCGGCCUGAGCCGGGACGCAGAGGUUAACGACGGAGAGGAGAGGACCGCGUCGGCAACUCUUUGGAUUUCAGUGUUAUUUGUUCCAUGCCUCUGAGUGGACAACAGGAUUGCCCACAAUGUUUUUCUACUUUCUUUUUCUUUUUUUUUCUUUCCAUUACCCACUGAGGAUUUUUGACACGGUGACGGGGAUACAAAGUGCAUUUGAUGUUACCAGUGAAGAUGCUAGUCUUAUGAAUUUGAUUAUGAGACGGACGCUUAAAACUACGCCGAACAGGGAUCAAAGCGAUCAAUAACUCGCACGUGACGUUUUGAAGGGGUCAGUUCAUCCAAACUGCAAAACAGUCCAGCUGGCUCGCGUUGUAUCGGCCGUUAUGGGUAGUUUCGCUUUUAAUUUGUCCAAAAUGUGAGAAAUCGCUCUGAGGCACAAUGCAAGUGAAUGGGAGCUGGUUUUGGACGUAUCUCAAUAUUUGGACAAAUAAAACUGAAACUAAAAUGUUAGUUUGGUUGUACCCGCCCUUUUUAAAACCAAAUCCGUCAUCAACGCCAUUAACAUCAGAGCAGCAGGAGUUAUAAUUGGUCACGAUCGUCUGUUCGGAGCGAUUUUGGCGUCGACCGCGGGACCGGAAUAUGUUUUUAAUGUGGAGCGAUGGAGGUGACGAGCACGUGGAGGCGUUUGGUUAAAUCUGGGGUAAUCUUGGGAGUGGACUCAUUUGGGGGGGGGGGAGGGGGAAACCCCAACAUAUCCUGACUGGCUUUAUUGUUUCCUGUCAGUUCUGGCAUUUCAACAACGAUGCAUUGAGGAAAGCGCUUGAAAAUUUGGAAAAUGAUGAAAUGUUUUGCAUUAUUUUGUAUUCAUUCAGCCACGAAGUACAUAUCGUAAAUUUGAAUUCGACCUGGCAAGUGACACAAGCCCAAGCUUUAAAAAAACAAACCAAAAGAAACUCAAAGAAAUCAUAUUUUUCUGUUCUAGCGACCGCUUCGAAGUGCCAUGCAAACAUUUGUGUUCUGGCUGAAAGUCAAACAGCGUUGAACUGAAGUGUUGUUUUCUCGUGCUGCUGCGUGGACACUCGGCUGGGACGGCGUGGGGAAGAAGAAAACCUCUCGUCCAAUCAUGUUCCUUUGUGUGCCGGUCUGAGAGAACGGGGAGUUUCCUUCGAGUCUUUAGAAGUAAACCGCCGCGGUGUCGAAAACCGUCUAAAUCCUGUUGUCCACCGGGAACUCCUGCUGUCACUUCCUUUUUGCCUCGCUAUCUAAAAAAAAAAAGCAUGUUCAGCAAUCCACUUUAAAAUGCCAACCGCAGUAACUACCGCAAACCAAGACCGAAGGUACGGCACAAACUGCAGAAACCAGGACUCUGACCGGAGCUGGAGAAUCUGGGAUCAAACGUCGAGAAGAAGAAAAACGUUAAAAAAAAGGAAGUUCUUAAAAGCAGUGGCUUGUGUUUAACUGUGAACAAUAAAGAUCGUCUUCAAUGUUUUGCACUACAA